AUGCGGGCGAUGGCGGGCGAACGUGAAGUUGUGGCCGAUGGCGCGGUAUUGCCGGGGUGGCCGGCGCAUCCAGCACGCAGGCGCUGCGGCGCCGUGGCUGCGCUGGCCGUGUUGUGGCUGGGUGCGGGCGCCGGAAGCUCGGGCUUUGCGGUGAGACGGCAACAGGGCGCUCCGGAGUUCCGCACGCUCCAAACGAAGGCCACUUGGCGGUUGAAGGAAGGCGAGGAGGACAAGCGAAGCCUUAUGGCGACGCUGCGCAGCCCCAACACGAAGCCACGGGAACUUGCUGCGACGGCCGCUGCUUUGCAGCAGCGCCGCCUUCUGACAGAUCCUCGGGAGUACACGACCACCAUCAAUGUGCUUGGCCGGCUGGGGCUUUGGCGAGAGUGUCUGGGCUUGCUAGUAGACAUGCAAAGGAACGGGCUUAAGCCCAAUGUGAUCACCUACAAUGCGGUGUUGAAGGCCUUGGCUCGAAGUAAACGAUGGCGGGAGGCCAUUCAGCUCAUCGGUGAGAUGUGGGACUCACGGCUUUCUCCCGACGUCAUCUCCUACACGACAGCCAUCUCGGCCUGCGCUGCGAGCGGCCGCUGGAAGGAGGCUUUGCAGCUCCUGGCCGAGAUGGAGCGCGCGGGGAUCAAGGCCGAUGUCCGGAUCUUCAAUGCGGCCAUCAACGCCUGCGCGCAGGCUGGCGAGGUGGUGCGCGCCAUGCUGCUCUUUGAAGGCAUGCCCGAAAGGCAGCUGGCACCGGACAUCAUCACGUACAAUGCUCUCAUCAAUGCCUGUGCCCGGGGGGGAGCAUGGGAGGAAGCCGUGGACCUGCUUUCGAAGAUGAAGGAUCAGGGCUUGGCCCCCCAGACGCGUACCUACAACUCGGCAAUCAACGCGUGCGACAAGGCUUUCCGUGGCUACGAGACCUUACUGCUGUUGGAUGACAUGUUCGAGCACCAGGUCGCACAUGGAGAGAAACGUCGCUUGCGUCAGACACUUGCACCACAAGAGUCAGAGGGUCAGCGGCAGGCCAAGCCGAACGCAGUGACCUUCAACACCGCGAUGAGCGCGUGCUUGAAAGGUGGAAUGCAGACUGAGGCGCCAGCAAGCUGA